ACUGCAACACAGACCCACCAUCGUCUUUCUCUGCUCUUUCUUCCCCUCUUUCUCUGUACAUUUGGAGAGGUCUGGAGAGAGAGAGAGAGAGAGAGAGAGAGAGAGUGAGAGAAUAAGAAGAAGAAGGAUUGGGAGUAACUUUGAAGUAGUUCGUCUUUAGGAACGCCUGACAAGGGAAAAAAAUGAUACGCGAGGGAAGCUCUGAUGAAGUUGAAGUUGGAGUGGAAGAAGAGAUGUCUCAAGAGGAGGGUCACCAAAUAGUGGAUCCUACCAACAAAAAGGUUACACUUCCAGGACCCAGUGGGAGGAGGUCUGAUCUCUCACUUCAAAUACCCCCUAUAUCAGGUGUUGGCAAUAGCUGUGUUGUAAAGGGUCUACUACAGUCUCAAAAUUCCUUCAAAGGUGGUUUGUCUCCAAGAGGUUUCCUAAGGGGGGUAAGCUUCAAGCACAAGGCAGCUGCACCUGAUGGCGAAAAAAGAUCCCUCCUGAAUCCAGACCCUAGAGCCGUUCCUGAGAGCUCUGGUAUGACUAAUUCUUCUGCAAAAGCCUCUUGGAAGAGAUGCAUUUCUCUCCCUGUUACACCAGCCUCAAACUUGUCACCUUCAGUUUCUACCCCCACUACGGCAAGAAAAUGGAUUGAGAAGCAGAAAUCAUGUCUACAGACAAGGGAAGUUACAGUCAAGGUCUCAAGGUCUUUGUCUGUUCCAUCGCGGAAUGUUGUUAUUGUGAGAUCGAUGUCCUUUGCCUCUCAUAAAGAGAACCCACAAGUAGAUUGCGGUGAUGGUCAAAUAACUCCCAUUCAUAUGGAAGAUGACGAUGAAGAGAUUCCUGAAGAGGAAGCAGUUUGUAGGAUCUGUUUAGUUGAAUUGUCUGAAGGGGGAAACAAACUCAAAAUGGAGUGCAGUUGUAAAGGUGCUUUAAGACUUACGCACGAAGAAUGUGCGGUGAAGUGGUUCAGCAUUAGAGGAAAUAAAACGUGUGAUGUCUGUGGGCAAGAGGUUCUCAACCUACCUGUAACUUUGCUUAGGGGACAGACUUCUGUUCAAAGGGCCAACAGAGAGAACAACAGACAGAGUUCAAAUUCACAGUCAACAAGUGCCUGGAAGGACUUGGUGGUGCUUGUCUUGAUUAGCACAAUAUGCUAUUUCUUCUUCCUUGAGCAGCUGCUGGUUCGGGACUUGAAAUCUCAAGCAGCAGUGUAUGCAGCACCAUUUUCAAUCACUCUGGGUAUUAUGGGAUCAGUUUUCGCAGUCAGCCUUGCAAUCAAAGAGUAUACAUGGACAUAUACGGCUCUUGAAUUUGUACUUGUGGCUGUAACUCUCCACCUUUUCUAUUCUCUGCUUCACAUGAAACCAGUGUAUUCCAUUCUGCUUUCAUCAGUUUUGGGCUUUGGAAUUGCGAUGGGAAUAAACUCCCUGUAUCUUCAUAUUUAUGCGUGGCGAGUUCAGGUGACACAGACUCAGGCCAACUCUAAUCUGGUCUGAUAAGAGAGAAAUGAGGUUCAUCACUUUGUAUGUACUUACAAGCUCAUGUUGUUGUAAAGGAGAUUCGAUAAUCUUACUUCGGCAAGUUACAAAUUCAGACAGGCCAACAUAAAGGAGGUUAAAAAAUACUGGUAGAUUUUCUACAGAUGUUGCAGUCCAUCUACCCUGAGAAAAUCUUACAUAGCUACCCCAACAGAAGGAAAAAGAGGGAGGAUGGGGGAGAAAAAGAAGGAAAGUUCCCCCCCCCCCCCCCCCCUCCUCUUGGUCCUUUAUCCUGAUGGAUGUAUAGGUGUUUUAUGAAAUAUAUUGUGUAGUUUGAAGGAAACUUUGUUUCCCACUAUUGAGUUGGAUUGUUUGAAUGAUACAUUUAUUGUGUAUUUAUAACAUAUAUAUGCCAAAGCUUCUUUUGAUUGCUC